AUGGUCGCUUCCAUGGAUCAGUCCUCCGCCAUUUGUGAGAAGGCAAUCCGCAAAUACCAUGAAAUCACGGGGGAGACUCUCGAGGUUGAUUUUCUCACAAAGAUCCGCAGCGUCAGCGAUCUCACGAAAGAGAUUGACGAGAGGAAUAGCGCCUUCCGCGAGUUCCGCGAAAUACGAGGCAACAUCUUCGAUGUUCUAGAAGCGGCACUGAUCCCCGUGCAAUUGUUCGGCAACCUCGCGGCUGGAGGCGCAUCGAUGGUAUUCCCCCCAAGUAGUCUCGUCUUUGGGGCCGUCAUGCAUUUGGUGGGUGCCGCCAAGGGGGUAUCUGCCUCAUACGAUGCGAUUCAAGACUUGAUGCAGAUGCUGCAGGAUUUCACCAUCCGACUAAAAACAUACACACAAGAAGCCAUCUCCGAGGCUCUAAGCGACAAGCUUAGCGAUAUCAUCGUUGCUCUUAUUGAAAUUUUUGCCUUGUCAUCUAAGAUCGUCCGACGAGGCCGCCUGUUCAAGUACACCCGAAAUGUUCUACUUGGUAACGACGACUCCAUUCAAGCCACGAUGAGCAGACUUGACAAGCUCACCCAGGUCGAAGCGAACCUAGUUGCAGCUGAGACUUUGACAGAGUCGAAGAGAGCCGGCCGUGUAGUUGAUGGUAUAUCUGUGGCCGUCAACGCUACCAACGUGACUGUUCAGGAGACCGGGAUGACGGUUAAUCAGAUGAGCGCACAGGUACAUGAGGUGCAGGGGAUGCUAGAAAAGCUGAUCUUUUCCGGGAAUGAAGAAAACCAGGAUACCAGGGAAAAUGGAGAAGCCUUGCAAGGACUCAUCAAUCAAGUCCUUAGACCAUCCAAGGUUGAUUCAGCGCAGGAGUGGUUCGAAAGAAUUCACAAAGCCCGUGUACCGGGCACAGGAGACUGGAUCCACAGCGAGGAUGUUUUUCAAUCUUGGAUCAAUGAGAAAACGCCUGUUAUUUUUGUGUCUGGGAAUCCUGGUUCGGGGAAGUCAUUUUUGGCCGCGAACGUGAUCAAUUUCCUUCUUAAUAGAUUUCUUCCGGCCCUUCCACACAACCCGCUGGUUUCGAUCGGCUAUUUCUUUUUUAGGGAUGACAAGCCCCAAACAAGGUCCUUUCAUCAGGCGUUGCGCGACCUGGCCUUCCAAAUCAGCAAGAACGACCCAGGGUACAGAAAGUAUCUCGGGUCUAUCAAGGAAUAUGAACAGAUUAGCACUCUGGAAAGCGCGUGGCGUCUCCUUUUCGUUGGAUACUUUCUCAAGAAACCCAAUAUCGAGAGCGUCGCGUAUAUCCUGCUAGAUGCAGUGGACGAAGCUCUAGAUGAGGACUGGAGGAUCUUUGUCGAUCUCGCAAAGGACUUGUACGGCAACCAGUCGUCUUUACGGCUAGCAAUUGUUGGCCGACCUUAUAUCCACGAUCAACUGCUCGAAGGCCUGGAGGUUAAUCUGCCAACCCUUCACGUCACCAAACAGAAGAAUUCCAGUGAUAUCACUCAGUAUAUCCACGUCAGCAUCAAAAAGUCCCUGAUUCUGCGAAGAGUGUCGGCAAAGCUACGGGAUGAGAUCGUGGAUAAACUCUCGGUCCGGGCGGAAGGCAUGUUCCUUUGGGUGAAUCUUAUGCUGCAAGAGUUAGCUAAGAAGCGGAAUGAGACCAGCAUGCGGAAAGCACUGGAGAGAGCUCCCCGGGGGCUUAAGGAGAUGUUGCGACAUGUCUUGGCCACUUUCGCUGAAAGAUCUAACGAAGAGGAACUCGAGUAUCUCAAUGAAACAUUGCUCUGGGUCACCUGCGCGAGCCAACCGUGGAGACUAGGCGAGAUAGAGGCGAUCCUCAGACUGAAAUCACCGGAGGGAGAUGGCAUGAUUGAUCUUGAAGGAGCUCUACGGCGCCAAUGGGCGUCAUUCUUCUCUUUAGGCCGAGAGGAUGGCCUUACGACAGCCGAUCUAGAGAAUGGAUCAGCCGAUCUAGAUGCAUUCAACUGGAGCGCCGACGAGGAGGAACAAUGUGAUUAUGAAACUACCGAGGAGGACUAUCUCAUGGCCUUCAGCUCAAAAAAGGAUACAACCACCGUCAACUUCUGCCAUGCUUCCAUUGGCGACUUCCUCCGCGAUGAUUCGGAGGGCAAGGUUUCCACUACAGAGGCCCACAUUGGCGUCGGGGUGAAUCACCAUGAAGCGAAAGCUCAUAUCCUGAGGAUUUACUUAAGGCUAAUCACCGAUCCGGACUUUGCAAUGAAGGCCAACGACUCGGGGCACAUGCUCCAAUAUGCUGCGCGGCAUUGGGGCGAUCACCUGCUCACCACUUCCCCGUCCAACAGUUCCUCAGAGGAUAGACGAGAAAUUGCGAAGAUGCUAUUGACGGCCUUUCGAUCGGAAGAAUCAAUGUCGAAAUGGCUCGGGGAAAGUGACUGGGCUCUUUCUACGGCUACCAUCAGAGCUGUCCAACAGUGGUGGCAAGAGCAAGACGUCCGCGAGCUUUUAUCUUUGGAAGAGAAGGAGUUCGUCUCUACCACGGAUGAGGAGCCAUUCAAUCUAUUCCAGCCAAUGGUAGUGUUCUGCAUCAAGAGGUGGCUGUGGGAAGACCUGCCUAGACCUAUUCCCAUGGUUUCUAUAGUCUGGCGCUACCAGAUGCUAGUUAAGGGUGAGGAGAUCCACGAUCACGACAGGAGCCUAACGGCGGAAGACGUGGUCAAGGCCGCUGAGUUUGGGGGCUUUGAAAAAAGUGGCCAGUGGUUUAAACAAUGUGCGAUCGCUCUGCGCGAAUCCUGCUGCCACGAGGAAGCUCUACAGUAUUUCGAAAAGGCGAUGGAACUUGACCCGCAUAAUUGGCGGACCCUGCGUGAACUAGCACAGACAUAUCAGGAGCAAGACGAUUGGCAGGAAUCCAUUGAGCUCUGGAAACGGACUCGACUAAGUUUGUUGACCGUAAUUGCGGAGCGACCAGAGGACCGACCACUGAAAGAACAUCUUCAUGAGUGUCUGGAGCGUAUGGGUCAGAUCUAUCAAGAACAGGGAAAUCGGGAGAAGCGAUUCGAGGCCGUUCAAGAGGCAUAUCAAUAUGCACCCUCUUGCUGGACCUGUAUCCAUGCCCUUCUGGAAUACCAUAAUGACAACCACGCCUACGAAGCAUCGAUGGAUUUGCUAAAGAAGUUAGCCAACACUCCGGUUCCCGAGGAAGAUUAUUCAGAAUUGACCCGAUUCUUACUGGUCAACGUAUUUGAUGUGGACAGCAAGUCAAGGCUUGCUGUCGAUGCCGCGUCGGCUACCAAUGACCUGGAUUUCGUGUUGAAAAGCUUACAAACGGCGGCCACGGCGGCUCGAGCGGCAUCGAGGACGUUGAUUGCCGCAGAGGUGGAUAUGUCCAUCGCUCGGAUCUAUGAUGAGUUUUUGUUUGACCAUCAGAAGGCAAUCGGGUGCUGGGAGAAGAUCAUGAAUACAUACUCUUCUUCCUCCGAGGGGACAUUGAUCGGGACAAUCAGACAGCUUGCCUCCUCAAACUUGGCUCGGGCGUUUCUUUGUAACGCAAUCGAGGCUGGAAUUGGCAUGCCAGAAGCGGAAGUAUCAGUGUCCAAACUUGAGAAGCUCACUCAGGAAAGUCAGACCUGUCUGUUAGGAAGCUGCGCCUUCGUGCCGGCCGUUUACUUGGGCAUCUACUGUCGCCUUCGAGGGCAAGACGAGCGGGCGCGGGCUCUCUUCCAACCCUCCCUACAACGAAGCAUUCAAGCCAUAAGCGAUGACAAUCCUAGGAAUGAGGACCUGUCCGACCUGCAAUAUACUCUGAUGAGGACGGGAGACUUCAAAAAUGUUGUUGCAAUUGCCCACAGGUCGGAACAGGACAAUAGCGAGCCUUGGUAUGUAUGCCGCGGCCCAUGCCGGCGCAAAAUUCCCAAACGAGAUGGUUUUUCCAUUUGCCCCAUCUGUUUGGAAAAGGAGUUGUGCCCAGAAUGUGUUAAAAAACUGGUGGAGGGAGAGAUGCCCAAGAAGAGAUGUCAUUCCCAGCACGUUGAAUACUUCAUCUCUAUUACCCCGCAGUUGAAAGAGGUCCGCGGUGGCAUGAUGUUGGUCCACGGCGAGGAGAUGGAUUUCGCGACGUGGUUGAAUCAGUUGAAGGAGGAAUGGGAUCUUGGUGCCUGCAAUCCUCCAGGUUCCACCGCACGUCAAUUUGGUCUCAGUGACUUUUUACUAGGCCUUGUGGCGUAG